UGGCUGCGCGGCUGCCAGGUCCGGGCGCUGUGAUCUGACAUCUUCCCUGCAUUUCCCGGCCUCUCCGGUUACCACCGUCCUUCUCGGCCAAUUCUUCAUUGAUGCUGCUGCGGAAGUGGAGCUGGGAGGGAGAUCCAGCAUGGAGUAAAACAGCAAAGCCCUCGGAAUCCAGCUUCGGGAUCGCCAUAGAAAACUCAGACGGCGUUAGUGAGUGAGGACUGUAUGCGGAGUGAUCCUUCCCAGUGACUCAUCUUUCAAAGAAAAACUCUUGGAAGUACCACAAAAGUCCGUUAUGGCUGACCAUGGCACACCCAAGGUUGUAUUCCGGGAUGUUGCAGUUUAUUUUUCCGAGAAGGAGUGGGAACUUCUAGAAGGAUGGCAGAGAGACCUUUAUACGGGCGUAAUAAAGGAGAUUCAUGGAAUCCUGAUCUCUCUGGGUUUUAUAAUACUCAAUCCAAACAACUUCCUAAGGAUACAGCCAGAAGAUGAGCCAUGCAGAAAGAGUCGACGCAAUACAGAAAAUGCACGCGUUGCAGAUUCAGACUGUGGUUUGGUGAAUCCUGAUAUUUUAUUAACUGUCCAGCUUGGCGAAAGGCAGCACGCAGAUUCUUACCAACGAGACAGAGGAGGAAAUAUGCCCCUUCCAAGCACAAGCAAGUUUAUUGACAAGUUCGGGGAAUACACCGCUAUCAAGCAGGAAACUACUUUAGAGGAAUAUUCCGUUGUCUCUGUUGAAAGAGCAAAACGUUAUCCUUGUAACGAACCUGGUGUUCCAAGGGUUAAUUUCCAAGAGCAGUCAACAAACAGCAAUAAAUUACAUUUGGAAGUAAAACAUGGGAUCACGUAUACAGCUGCACAGGGUCAAAGAGCAUGUUCUUCUGGCGUAACCAAGUCAAAUGUUGUUGCUGUUCCACAGAAGCUCGUUAUAAAGAAACCUUACAAUGCACGUGAAAGAAGCUUCCCUGUAAAAGGUUUUUCCAGUAUCGAGCCAGUUACCAUGAAACGUACAUCAAAAGAACAGCCUUCUAACACUGAAAAUGUGGGUUUGGAUGGGAGAAAUGUCGUAAGUUAUGGACGUGAAGGUAAAACUAUUGAUGAGAGGGAGCAUUUUGAGAAGCUGAAUGUAGGAAACAUUCCUUUGAAACACAAAGAGAAAAUUCAGUAUAAUUUGAAAAAUGCUGGAUUCUGCCAAAGAAUGUUGAGGUGGUCAAUUAGUCACAAAGAAGAAAUAUCACAAAAACGUUACUUAGUGGGAUCUCAAGGGCCAAAGGAACCAGAAAGGAGCUACAACUGCAGUGAAUGUGGACAGAGGUUCUUCCGAAUAUCGGAUCUUAGGCUUCAUCAGGCAAGCCACAGAAUGAAAAUGAAACACUUCAACGGAUGUGUUAUCCAACUCAAAAGCCACCAGAAAGUCCAAGCUGGCCAAAAGUUGUCCGUUGAAGAAAAAAGUUUACACGCUGGUUCAAUCCGAAAUGUCAUAUCGGCGGGGAAAUCCAUCACUUGUGUUGUAUAUGGGAAAAAUGCCAGCCCAACCUCUAAUCUCGUCCAUAAUCAAAAAACUCUCGUAAGAGAGAGGCGGUUUGUCUGCAAAUUCUGCGGCAAGCGGUUCCAAAACAACAGUAACCUUAUUGGCCACGAACGCAUCCACACGGGCGAGAAGCCAUUCGAGUGUCCCGAAUGUGGGAAAAGCUUCAGCCAGAAGGCCAACCUCACAACCCACCAGAGGCUACAUACGGGGGAAAGACCUUUUGUCUGCGUUACGUGUGGCAAAGGCUUUGCUCAGAAGAUUAAUCUCCUCACGCAUGAGCAGACCCACACCAAGAAGAAAAAGAGAAUGGAUAACAAGCAUAUCCUACUGAACUGAUCUAAAUCCCCAACAGGCUGAUCUACUGCAAGGAAAGACGUUUCAGCUGUGAUAACCAUAAAGUGCCUGGAAAUCGGUUGUUCCUCCUCAUAAAAUCUACUUAUUUUCAUAAGAACUCUUCAUGUUCACACACACAGGCUAACUCUACUGUUUUGGACUUGUUUAUUGCCAGGUGCUACUCUUAAGAAGUAAUGAUGCAUCAAGAAUGUACCUCAAAAAUGAAAAGUAUUUUAGAGAUGUCUAAAAUAUGGAUCAUUCAUUCUGUUUUUUAGCCUUACACUCAGAUAAUACAGUAUAUAUAAAUGCUAAUUUCCAGUUUGUAUAUAACAGUUGUGUUUCUAAGCUCAGUGUCAAUGGUUAAAACCUCAAAGAAACCUCUAAUUUCUAUGUUAAAAAUAAUAAUGAUGCCUAGUAUAUUGUAGAUAAUGUUAUUUAUUGCCUAGUAGGUCUCUUAUUUUCAAUCGAUGUACAGUGUUCAUCAGGAUUUUGGAUAUAUUUUACUGUAUACAGUAAACGGCCUUCUCCGA